UUCGGGAAUGAUAGCGUCAGAAAAACUGAUCCAGAAAACAUCCAAUUGCGCCAGGGUGCUCAAAGCGGCAACCCUCAAACGGAGCCUAACCCUAGCUAUGGAUAUGGGAGAAAUGCCCAUACUGCUACAAGUCCAGACGGUCCCAUAUCACCUACUUCCCAGGAGUCGCUCAACCCGUGGGCGAGAUCCGAAUAUGCGGAUUAUACCUAUGGCGAAAGUGGUAUUAGUGUGGGUGAAUAUUCCCAUGGUUACGGGUACAACUCCCAUAGAUAGUGAUUCGUAACGGAAGUUUCCCUCUUAUUUCUUCUUCUUCUUUUCUUUUUACUUUUAUAUUCCCUUGUUGUCCGGGUUAGAAUACCUGGCCGACUCGGUAGCUCUACUCUCCAUGUCCUCAGUUGGGCAUGAGGCUACAGCUAUCUACUAUCCACGGGUUAUUGACGUUGUUCAAUUACAUAUCUUGUUAUCCUUCUCUCUUGAGACAGGCAGACCGACACAGUCAAAUUAAAAUUCUUUUUACCACCAUGACCAAAUGGUUACUGUGAAGGAUUAUUCAUCUGCGUUCUUCACUAUUCUUACACUCUUCAGCGCUUUGUGAAGGAAAUUCUGGGAUAUACCUAGCUUGCCUGGUAAUUUCCACCAUGCCUCUAUUCUAAGCGUGGCUGUAUUAACUGGAAGGAUUCUAUUCCAUCAGUCCUGCGGCUGUCUCUAGAAAUAUAAGUGCAUCGGAACCAGGCUGUCUUUCUCAACCAUUAAUUACAUACAUUUCUUUCCCAUCAGCUACGCCAGUACCGAGUACGAUUUGAUAUCCCAAGCUUUAAGUGACAACUAAGAAGGAUGACCAUGAAGCUUUUCGUUGCUAUACAGCUUCUCCUUUUCAACACCUGCCAUACUGCCUAUGGCCAUAUGCAGCUAGCAAACCCAUUCCCAGUCAGAAGUCCCCUAAACAAGGAAAAUACGAAUAAAGACUAUUCGUACACAUCUCCCCUACGCUCAGAUGGCUCAGAUUACCCUUGCAAGGGCUACCAUAAUGACCCCUUCAAACCAACAGCGCAAUACAUGGCAGGACAAGAAUAUUUAAUCGAGAUAGCCGGAGGUGCAACCCACGGUGGCGGAUCGUGCCAAAUCUCACUCUCAUAUGACUCUGGAAAGACCUUCAAAGCUAUCAAGUCGUUCAUCGGGGGCUGUCCCUUGUCGAAGCAAUACAAGUUUACUAUCCCAAGCAACGCGCCGAGUGGGAACGCUCUCCUCGCCUGGACCUGGUUCAACCGUCUGGGAAACCGAGAGAUGUACAUGAACUGCGCGCAUGUCACAAUAUCAGGAUCGAAUGAUAAUCCUUCUGGCAACAGCAAGGUGGCUCUUUCGGGACAAGCAGCCCUUCAUGCGCUCCCCAACAUAUUCCUUGCAAACAUCAACCAAGCACCACAGUGCAAGACUGAUCACAGCAAAGAAGUCAUCUUUCCCUUUCCUGGGGAGUUUGUGGAAUACGGAUCAGGGGCAAAAGGUGCUGCCGAUAAAGGCUAUGCGUGCGCAAGCAAGUUUGAGGCACCAGAGCCAGCACCACCUUCGCUAUUACCAUCGCAGCCACCAGCCCCGUCGUGCUCCAUAACAGCAUCAAAAACACCAGCAGCGCCCCCAGCAACUUGUGUAUGCCCUCCCACCACGACCAGCGGCCCAUCAGCUGCACCAGCGACCCUUUCUUCACCAAAAACCAUUGCGAGAAGUGGUACAAGAGUUUGCCGUCGUCGCACCACGUCGAAGGCCAGCCCCUCGUCCCUAUUCCCAACCAUGCUACCAUUUCCAGCAGGCUCUAGUAACAGUACAUCAUGUACUCCGGGGGGACAUCAAGUGCGACUCCGAUGA